CUUCUUGCGGCCAGUCCAGUCCAGAUUCUCCAAAACUAUCUCAUCUAGACUAAAGUCAACUACAGCCCGUGUGUAUUGAUGAGAAACUGUGUUUUCCGCAGGCCGGACGGAGGUUUCUCUGACUAUUGAUGACUUAAUUUCCUCUACUAAGUUCUUGAUUCACAUACAUUCAUGGCUACAUCAACCGGUGCCGGCUGGACACAGCUGCGGCAACAAGCCCGAUCUCUGGAGACACAGACCGAAACCCUCUUCCACACCUACUCGCAAUACGCCGCCCUAACCAAACCACCACCCACCCCGUCCGAAGAAGAACUCCGCACCGAAUCCCAACUGAAGGAGAUCCUCGAUCGACGAGAAACAACAAUAACCCACCUCUCGCGCCUCCUCGACAGCGAAGCCACCCUGACCGCCUCCGCCCUCAAACAAAACAACCUCGCCCGCCACCGCGAGAUCCUCGCCGACCACCGCCGCGAAUUCGCCCGGAUCACCGCCGCCAUCGCCGAGGCCCGCGACCGCGCCAACUUGUUGAGUCAUGUCCGCCACGACAUCGACGCCUUCCGCUCCCAGAACCAGUCCGAGGCCGACUACAUGCUCGAGGAGCGCGGCCGCAUCGACCAGAGCCACAACAUGAUCGACGGCGUGCUGAGCCAGGCCUACGCGAUCAACGAGAACUUCGGUCUGCAGCGCGAGACGCUGGCCAGCAUUAAUCGGCGGAUUGUCGGCGCGGCGGGCGCCGUGCCCGGCAUGAAUGCGUUGAUUGGGAAGAUUGGGAACAAGCGGAGGAGGGAUGCGGUGGUACUGGGGGCGUUUGUGGGGCUGUGUUUUUUGGUGGUUCUUUUCUUGAGGUGAGAUUAUCGGGUGGUGGUGAGUUGGAGAUUGGGGGGAUGGGGGUAUAUUGGCGGUACGCGGAGGGUAGUGGUGGUGGUGGUGGUGGUGGUGGGCUGAGGGUGAGGUUUGAUUGAUUUGACGGUAUCAGAAGGCAGGCGUUCGGGGAUGUUUCUUGUCUUGAUUUGCUAUACAGAAUAUACUAAUAGGAGAGCGGAGAUAUGUAGUCUCCCUCCUCGGUCUUGGGAGAGGUGUCUCGAUAUUAUUGCGUGCUAGCAUAUAUCUAUCUUACAGUACGGCAGCCAUCGUACAAACUCCCCCAAAUGCUACCUGAUAUGU